AUGACCGACGAGACACUCAAUGCCAAUGGCUCCGCUGCGACAGCACCACCCAAGAGCACGGACCAUGGCAAGAGUGACGACCGAUCAAAAGUAGCCAAGAGCAGCUCGCCAUCCAAAGACAGGGGCUCAUCUGCACCCGGCUCCGACGUCCCGACGAAAACUCCAAAGAAGCGUAGAAAGGUCAAUCAUGGUAAGGCCGUCAUGCUGUGCGCCCUCGAUAGUGUCAAUGGCCUUGCUGACCCUACAUGCCCGCUCCAGCGUGCAUAUACUGCAGACCCACGCGAAGGCGUCAAGAAGUCCAAAACAGACCCGGAGAGCGUCAACGGCGACAGAUCCGGCUCCCAGCACGAGGCAACGCCAGCCGAAGGCGCUGUGAACCCCAUGGCCCAGCAAACUACUGCUCAAGAUGCAGGCCUGACCCUUGCGCCGCCUCCUCCUCCUGUGCCUCCUCCUGACAGAGGUGCCAGCGCAGCAACGAUCGCCCAGCCCGCACCCGUGUCUGCGCCACAGCUACCAGCUCUGACCUCUCAGAGCCCGUCUCUUGUCAACUACAACGACUGGAUUACAUCGUCCAACAAUAACUUCCAAGACAUGCACCAAUUUCAUCCGUCAUAUAUGUUUGGCACGUCCGAGAUCAGUAACGAGUUCAAUCUACUCAACGAUUUCCUCAACAGCAACCUGAUGGAGGACGGCAACAUGUAUGGAACUGGUGAUUUCCACCAAUUAUUUUCCGAUGCAUCUUUGAUGAACCCUAUGGGGACCCUUACCAACAACACGCCUUUUAAUCCAAACGCGUCCAACAGUGGCUCGCAACUGCUGCCGCCUCCCGCUCAAAAUGCCUCCGCUAACUCGAUACAACGGCCAUCAAGUGCUUUCCCACUGGAGAAAGCGAGAGAGAAAUACUACAUGACAGCAGCAGAUCCUGCCGGUACGGACAGUCCUGAAGAGCGGAUGAACAAGCUGCUCAAAGCCAAGAUGGACGCCGGCUUGCUAAAGCCAUUCAACUACGUCAAAGGCUACGCGCGGCUCAAUCAGUACAUGGAACAAAACUUGCAAUCCAUAUCACGUGUGCGCAUUCUGCGACAACUCGAUAGGUUUAGGCCAAAGUUCCGUGAGCGCGUACAAUCUUCGACAGAUGUGGACCUCGUGCGCAUCGAGAUCUGGUUCGACAGAAGCUUGAUGGAAUACGAUCGCGUCUUUGCCAGUAUGGCUAUCCCAGCGUGCUGCUGGCGGAGAACUGGGGAGAUAUAUCGAGGGAACAAGGAGAUGGCCAAUCUGAUACACGUUCCUAUGUCCAGGUUGAGAGACGGUAAUAUCGCUCUCCACGAGAUUCUCGCCGAGCCCUCAUUGGUGUCAUAUUGGGAGAAAUUUGGCGCAAUUGCUUUCGACAACAACCAAAAAGCUAUCCUCACCAGCUGCUCGCUCAAGAAUCCCGAUCCAAACUCAAAGGACCCUGAGAUACGGUGCUGCUUCUCUUUCACUGUGAAGCGCGAUACGCUCAAUAUCCCCUCUCUAAUUGUAGGCAAUUUCCUGCCUAUGCUGGAACCAUCCCGUCUUCUGCUUCGUGAUAUCCCUCAGUAA